UCAUUGACCCCAGAAAAUAAUAGGCGCCAACUGUAAAUUUACCCGCCGAAUUUUUUAUUAUUUUGUCAGUCCAACAUAUUGGCAAGCCAAAACGCUCUUCCUCAUAUCACUGCACACCAAGCCAGCCAGCUUCUCACUUACUCAACGUUACUUACAACAGUAUAGAGAGCUGACAUUGAGCUGCGCUUGGUACUAAUUCUUUGGCAGAAUGGGUACCAUGGGCAAGAAUUCCAAUGAGAGCCGUGGUGUUGAUGAUGAAUCCACAAAAGUAAAGAAUGCCAAGUCUCCAACACAGACGUACAGCCUCUUCCGUAUUCCGUCUUCUACUUCAAAGUCUCCUUCUUCUCCACGUCCUUCUGGCGUUAAAAGUCAAAAAGAGGAAAGAAAGCAAGACAUGCCAACGUACCUUGCCGCCCCUGAAGUCAAACAAGGUCUCACUUUACCUGAAAAGGAGUUACCAUCAACCUUGUCUCCAUCUGCAACCAUCAGAGAUCUUUACUAUCAGUCUCAAAAGUUGCAAGAAGACCAUUCUGAAACGGUGCGACCUUCUUAUCAAACGCAACAAGAAAUAGUAGCCAAGAACAAUGGCCACCAACGCAAAUACGAUGACAAUUCCUCCAUAUACGACCUCUCAUCUCAUAUUGGUGAUGAGGACGACGAUGAGGACGAUGAAAAUGACUUUAUCUACCGUUCUACCGCAACGUUCAUGCAAUUCAAGGAGGCAACGCCUAGUUUGUACAGUCUAAGUGAUGCUGGCUCAGUGUUUUCCUUGAGAACCAUAUACAAUGACAAUGACGAGGGUAAAGCUGUUCCUCCGCCAUCUUCAACAUUGGGAAACACAGACCGCUCCAGAGUGGAAGAGAUGCGUGCCGUCUCACCUAUUCCGUCGCGAUCGUCCAAUAUCAUUGCUAAAAGAGCGCUCGAACCCAAAAUUGUCAUCCAUCACAAGGAAGAACCACGUCCACUUAGCACCAGUAGUAGUAGCAAUAUUUUGUCAAGGUUUUCCAAAUCCACAGCGCCAGCUCGUGCAAAGUUAUUCAACACCGCCCCUCGUACAAAUCAUUUGCGAGCCGGCUCCGCUUCGUUAACCGUUCCUUCUAAACAUUCAUCUGAAAACUUACGACAGCAUAUUCCACGCCCUCGUGUGAUUUCCGAUCAUAGUUUGGAGCUAGCAAGGCUUAAAGAACAUCAUGCCAAGCAUCUUCAGCAUUCUAAACCUAAAGAUCAAGUCCCGCUUGUAUAUCCAGCAUUGCUCUCCAAAGUGGCUAUGGCGUUCAAGGAGAGGGUAAGCCUUGGUACAAAGGUGAAAGAUGGAAUUGAAUAUGCGGAAGCUUUCGAUGGUACGGAAGCUGUGGAUAAGAUAGCCUAUAUCAUCAAAACGUCCGACCGCAAUUUGGCUGUUUUGCUUGGCAGAGCCUUGGACGCACAAAAGUUCUUUCACGAUGUUAAUUACGAACGUCGUUUACGAGAUGAGGUGUUUGAAGUGUAUCAAUUCAAGGAAGUGAUUUCCACACCUCUACCUGAAGACGCGGCAGGAGCAGAUACUCCUAACGAUGAUGACGAUUCUUUGAUGGAUAAAUCAGAACCCGGAGACCGUGCCACGCCGUCCGAUAUGGAUGCCGAACUACCGACUGGCGUAUUUACACUAUUGACAGAGUGCUAUUCCCCGACUUGUACGCCGGACAAACUUUGUUAUAGUAUAGCGUGCCCUCGCCGCCUUGAACAACAAGCAAGAGCCAAUCUAUCUCUGAGUUCCAGUCUAGAACGGUCUAUCUCGAAAUCGUCUGUGCCUGAAGAGGAUGAGCGUCUGUGGAUUAACACUGUGAGCAAAGAUGUCGUUAAGACCAUCAGCAAACAAGAACGUAGACGCCAAGAGACCAUCUUCGAGCUUAUGUACACAGAAAAGGAUUUUGUGCAAGAUCUGGAGUAUUUAGAAGAUUUUUGGAUCAAGCCACUCCUGGCGUCCGAUAUUUGCGAGACACCUUACCGAGAACAAUUUGUAGAAGAAGUAUUCUGGAAUAUUACCGAUGUUCACCGUGUCAACAGCGCUUUAUUGGCCGAUUUGGAGAAAAGACAAGCUGAAAACCCUGUGGUCGAUCGCAUUGGCGAUAUUUUGUUAUCACACGUUGAUAAGUUUGAACCUUUUGUUCAAUAUGGUGCUCACCAGGUGUUUGGAAAAUUCGCUUUUGAGUCGGAAAAAUCAAAGAACGCAGGAUUUGCAGCGUUUGUCAACAUGGUCGAACGCCAAAAGGAAUCUCGAAAGUUGGAGUUGAAUGGUUAUCUCACAAAGCCAACCACACGAUUGGGACGUUAUAACCUGUUACUCAAUGAAGUCUUGAAGCACACUCCUGAGGAUCAUCCAGAUAGUAUUGCCAUUCCCAAAGCUAUCGCCAUCAUCAAGACGUAUUUGAGCAAGGUCAAUGCUGAGACGGGUAAAGCAGAAAAUAAAUUCAACCUGAUGCUUCUCAAGGAAAGGUUGGUGAGCAAGGACGCUACUCAAUAUAACUUGGAGUUGGACGAUGAACACCGCCAGCUUAUUUCAAAGGGACAAUUGAAAAAGAAGGGAACUGGCUCCGAAUCCUCUGACUUGCAUGUCUUCUUACUAGAUCGCUACCUACUUAUUGUGAAACAAAAGUACAUGCAGAAGGCUGAAAAAUACAAACUUUAUAGACCACCGAUUCCUCUUCAAUUAUUAUCGGUUUCGUUACCUGACGUAGCGACAAAACGUGUGAGCUCCAUUUUACCAUCAACUGGAACUGGACGUCUAGCUGGAGCUAUCAAAAGUCAAUCAACGUCGGACUUGGCAUCCAUGGCGAUGAAGGCUAGUUAUCCGAUUGUUUUCUUACAUCUUGGACGUGAAGGUGCUGCUCCCGUCACCUUGUACUGCUCGACCUCCGCUAGUCGGCGCCAACUGGUCGACAAAAUCGAAAAACAAAGACAAACCCUCACACAAGAGCAAAUCGUAUUCCGUCUGGUGAAUAUCAAUAGCAAGUAUUUCAGCGGACUGAACCGAGUGCGAUGUGUGUCCAUCUUAUCCGACCGUACGCUAGUCUAUGGUGCUGAUCAAGGUGUGUAUGUACAGCGCAGUCAAGCAAAGGGACCGCCUAUGCGAGCAAUUGCUCUGGACAGGGUAUCGCAAAUUCACAUUUUGGAGGAGUCCCGUUUAAUUCUUGUCCUCUCGGACAAGACAUUGUAUACAUAUUCAAUUGAUGCUAUCAUGGCUGGCGACACAGCACCCAAGCGUGGACGCCGCGUGAGUAAGCAUGUAUCAUUCUUCAAAGUUGGUUUCUCUAUCGAUAGAACGCUGGUGUGCGUGGUUAAAAGUAGUGCCAUUACAUCCACUAUUCGAACGCUGGAACCUGUAGCCACCAAUGACCUCAAGAAGAGCAAAUCCAACUUUGGCCGAUUGAUUAGAGGAUCAAGUGAAGCUCUGAAGAUUUAUAAGGACCUGUAUAUUCCUGGCGAAGCGACGUCACUUCACAUCUUUCGAUCCAACAUUUGUGUUGGCUGUGACCGAGGAUUUGAGAUGGUCAACCUUGCCAGCAUGCGGAACCAAAGUGUAUUGGAUCCAUCGGAUGAAGCUCUUUCUUUUGUCUUCCAGAGAGAAAAUAUCAAACCUAUAUCUAUGUUCAAGCUUCAAGAUGGCGAAUUUUUGCUUUGCUAUAACCAAAUUGCGUUCUACGUGGACAAGAAAGGAAAACGAGCAAGACAGAAUUGGAUGGUGGAAUGGGAAGGUCACCCGUUAUCAUUUGCGCUUCGAUAUCCUUACCUUGUUGCUUUUGAUACCACGUUCAUUGAAGUUCGACAUGUAGAAACCGGAACACUCCUUCAAGUUAUUCCUGGGGCCAAUAUUAGAUGUCUCAACCCAGAGUCAACCGGACCAAUACACUGUGUCAGUGAUAGCAACGGGAGCGUGGAAUCGAUCUUUGAACUUGAGUUGGAAGUGAAAAUUGAAGAGACGAAAUAACAGGCAUACAUGGUCCAGCAUUAUGUGUUUUUGAACUCUCAAUCAUCCCACCCCUCCUCCCCCUUUAAAAAGAAAAUACCCAAAUCAUACCAUUGGUUGGCACAACCUGUAGCCUACUCUACUCUGUGACAACACUGUUUUUUGAUAUCUUUUGUAAUAUCUUUAUGGAAAACAAUGAGAAGAAUGUUAUUUGUACAAUAAAAAGUUGGGAAUUGGCCGAUUGGCUGAUCAUUGAUAGAAUCCUGCAUGGAGUAUCAUGUUGUAUACCAGCUAAAAUUGGGUUGGAGAGUUUUGAUUAU